GUUAUGUACGGCCGCGGUGUGAUAAGGUUACUCGUGGGGGCGAUCGUUAUGUAUGUACCUUCCGUAUAUAACUUAGCACAAUGUGUACAUCGUUCGUGGUGGAUCUUGGUGGACAGGAACAACAAAAUGAGGGGGUUUGAGGGGUAGGACAGCAUACAACAACCACCAAGGCCCCUCCCUCUUCUGUUAUGUAAACUGCGCCCUUUCAAUCACAAUAUACUCAGGACUAGAGGAGUUAUUAUCAUAUUACAAGUUGCAUAUAUUGCUUAUCUUAAGACAUAUAUCAAGAAGUUAUACGUUUUGUUGCAAGAUAUAUUCUGGAUAAGCCUAAAUAACCCCACCAACAAGCCUCAAUAGAGUCAUCGAGGACUCCUGCAAUCAAAAGCUUCAGGUGACUCACAAGUCUAUAUAAAUAUUGGUUCUAUAUCUUUUGUUGCUUCCCGAACUCUGUUCUUGCAAUUGGCAUAUCCAGAAUAUAUUUUAUCAUUUAUACCCGAUAUAACACGGCCAAUCGCACCAUAGUAUCAUUCAAGAUGGACAACUUUUCUUCACUCCACAUCGACCUCCACCUCAGCGAAGCUAAGGAUGUGACCUAUACUCGCACUCCAUUCGGAAAGGAGAUGCGGAAGCUCUUCAGCUUUGACCCUGAGUACAGGAAUUUGAACCAUGGCUCAUAUGGCUGCUAUCCUCGCGCAAUCCGGGCAGUAGCCAACCACUUCAAGGACCAGAAGGAGAGUCGCCCCGAUCCCUUCGUCCGCUACGCCUACAAUGACUAUCUGGACAAGUCCCGCGCCGCCGUUGCUGCCCUUGUCAAUGCCCCAGUUAACAACUGCGUGUUUGUCCCCAACGCGACCACAGCCGUCAACACUGUUCUCCGUAACAUCCCUUGGAACAAAGACGGAAACGACGAGAUCCUGAGCUUUAGCACCAUAUACGGCGCUUGCAACAAGACCAUCGCCUACAUUCGUGACUCCACUGGCCUUGUUUCCAACCGCGUGAUCACGACGGAGUAUCCAAUCUCCAAUGCGGACUACGUUUCUCUUUUCCGCAAGGCCAUUGCCGCCUCCCGUGCAGAGGGCAAGAACCCCCGUGUGGCCUUAUUUGACACCAUCGCCUCCAUGCCCGGUGUCCGUAUCCCCUUCGAGGCCCUGACCGCAGUCUGCAAGGAAGAAGGCGUUCUCAGUUUGAUUGACGGUGCCCACAGCAUCGGCCAGAUCCCGCUGGACUUCGCCACGCUCGAUCCCGAUUUCUUCGUCUCCAACUGCCACAAAUGGCUCUUUACCCCACGCGGAUGUGCCGUCUUCAUCGUCGCCGAGCGCAACCAUAACAUCAUCCGCUCCACGCUGCCAACAUCGGAGUCCUACCGCCCUGAGGGCGUGCCCGAGAAACCAUCGCCUACUGGGAACCCGCAUUUUGUUGCGAUGUACGAGUGGGUCGGCACCCAGGAUAACGAGCAGUAUCUCUGCGUCCCUGAGGCCAUCAAGUGGCGCGAGCAGGUCUGUGGCGGCGAGAAGGCAAUCUAUGAGUAUAACAACAGUCUCCUGCGAAAGGCGACGAAGCUCGUGGUGUCUGAGCUCGGUACCGAGGUGCUUGAGAAUGAAGAGGGCACGUUGAUGGAUUGCACCAUGUCGUUUAUCCGACUGCCGCUCAGCCUUGAGAAAGACGGUGGGUCUGUGAAGGCUGAGGACUUUGGUACUAUCCUCACGUAUCUGGGGCAGACAAUGGCCUCGGAGUAUCAGUCUUAUAUUGCGACUAGUGUUUUCCAGGGUGGGAUCUGGUGUCGAUUGAGCGCGCAGGUUUAUCUGGACGAAGACGAUUUUGUGUUUGCUGCGAAGAUGCUGAAGGAUGUGUGUGAGAGGGUUAACAAGGGCGAAUACUUGGCCAAGGCUUAAGAGACUAGAGAGACAUUUGUUGCGUGACAGUGUAUUGAGGAUAGUUGGUGAUGAGAGCGGAGUUUCAUGUUUCUUCGAAAAUUUAUGACUCGAGAACUCGUAGAUAUCUGUGCCACUUGAAAGACGCCAUCGGUUGCGUGGUUUAUACAUUGAGAAUCAAGAGGUUAUAAUUUGCGGUUGAGCACAAGGAUGUUUGAG